UGGUAACAGUUCAGCUGCAAAAGAAAAGUCAAAAUGACAGCAAAAUAACUACGUACCAGUGAAAAGAUGCACCAUAAACUUGCGUUAAGUAAUAAAGUGCGGAAAACUUUAUUUAAUGCGCAAAAUUGCAUAGAAAAGGAGUAAAGAAAGUUAUUUUGAUAAGUGAAUGACAUAAUGUGAAAAUUUAGAGUGCAAAUAAAUCAGUAGCUAUUCAGGAAAAAGCAUCUAAAAAUUCGUGUGGUUUUGGAGUGGUCGUUAUAAAAUACCUAUAAAUGUGUAGUUCGGAUGAAAAAUAAAACUGAUUUUUGGUAUAUGUUCAUAUAUGUGAUAACAAAAUGUGCUUAUCAAAUAUUUCCGCAAUAUAAUUUGUGUGAAGAUACUGUUGUAAGCUCUCGAGUCGAAAAAAAGCAACAAGCAUUGGCACUUGCUGAUAAAUAGAUAAAAAAAAAAAUAAGCCAUCAAAUAUCGUAUACAGAAUGUUUGGAAAUGUGUGAAGAGAAAGAAAAGAGGAAGUUUUAAAGAAUUCAUUGGGCGUAAUUUCGCUGAGUUUAAAAUAUGUUUGCCAAAUAAAUAAAUAAAAAGUAUGCAGCUACUUCUUAAAUAGUAGUUGUUUUUGUUUUUUUUUUAUUAUAAAGUGGAAGUUUUUUAAAAAUCCCUCUCUAUGGAUUAAUUUAAUUUGGGCACAUGCAGAACUUUUACCAUCGUAGCUUAAGCAACAACCUCCCAUGCGUCUACUUCGUCUUCAAAACAACCCAAAACGUUUAGUUACUUUGUGAAUAAAAUUUAGAAAAUAUUUAAAAUGACCGAAAUCAAUUCGUUGCGGCAUACAGUGCUGAUUUCCCUGCCGCUAAUGCUACUACUCAUCCUGCUAUCAAAUUUGGCGGGUUGGACACAGGGCGCCGUUUUGCCUGAUGGCCAUAGAAUCGACUGCGAACACUAUGAUGAAAGGAAUUGCACCACAGAGGGUGAUUGCGCGAUCAAAAUAGAGCAUUGCAAGGUGGAGUCGGACAAAACAUCCAGCUGCUAUGUGCUUUGGUCCAUGGAUAGCGCCACAGGUGAAACAAAAAUGAAAAUGAAGGGUUGCUUUACAAACAUGCACGAAUGCAACCAAACGGAGUGUAUUACAAGCGCAGAACCCCGUUCAAAUAACAUAUAUUUUUGCUGUUGCAAGGGUUCUAUGUGCAACACUGAACACAGGUGGAUCCCCACCACCACCGAGGCAACCACCCAAGUGCCGAAGGAAAAGACAACCGAUAAUACCAACGUGAUUUACAUAAUUGUCUGCGCAGCUGUGUUCGUUUGUUUGGCGCUUUUAAUGACGCCAUUUGCAUUUUGUUAUUAUCGCAAGCGUAAGCCGACCAAUUUCAAUGAAAUACCAACGAAUGAAACGGAAGCUACAAAUGCCUCGCCGCUACUCAACAACCGGCCAAUACAUUUGUUGGAACUGAAAGCCAGCGGACGUUUCGGUGAUGUUUGGCAAGGCAAGCUGCACAGCCAGGAUGUGGCCGUUAAGAUAUUUCGCAUGCAAGAGAAGGAGUCUUGGAAUACAGAAGUGGAUAUUUACAAGCUGCCACGUAUGCGCCAUCCCAACAUCUUAGAGUUUCUUGGCUGCGAAAAGCACACGGAAAAAGUGCAACUUGAAUAUUGGCUCAUCUCGGUGUAUCAUCCGAAUGGCUCUCUCUGUAAUUACUUGAAAUCGCAUACGCUGUCUUGGCUAGAGUUGUGCAAAAUCGCCGAAUCUAUGUCACAAGGUUUGAUGCAUUUGCACGAAGAAAUACCGGCUGGCAAAGCGGACGGUUUGAAGCCAUCCAUAGCACAUCGAGACUUCAAAUCAACCAAUGUUCUGUUAAAGGGCGACUUGACGGCGUGCAUUGCUGACUUCGGCUUGGCUAUGGUGUUCCAGCCGGGCAAACCAUGUGGCGAAACGCAUGGUCAAGUUGGCACACGUCGCUACAUGGCGCCAGAGGUGCUUGAGGGCGCUAUUAAUUUCAAUCGAGAUGCGUUUUUACGCAUCGAUGUGUAUGCGUGCGGCUUAGUGUUGUGGGAGAUGGUGUCGCGAUGCACUGCUGUGGGACCUGUUGGCGAUUACAUGCUGCCAUUUGAAGCUGAGCUUGGAUUACGUCCUACACUGGAUGAGAUACAAGAUACGGUAGUCACGAAAAAAUUGCGACCGCGCUUACUAAAUACAUGGCGUACGCAAGCUGGACUCAACAUCUUUUGUGACACCAUGGAGGAGUGUUGGGAUCACGAUGCCGAAGCCCGCCUCUCCUCAUCCUGCGUCAUGGAGCGUUUCGCACAAUUGUGCAAAUAUACAACAACACCGCUGCUUAUCGAAAACAACACCAAUUGCGAAGAAGAGCGUCUCACUUCGAAUUGCUUAUAGAAAAGGUAUUAAAUCACUUCGAGGCCAUUGAAGUGAUUGCCAGAGCAUGAGAACAAGUUAAUAAAAAUUGCUAAAUUUAAAGAGUACAUACAUAGAGUUAAGACGAUUUAUGAUUACAAUUUACGAUAUAUGUAUAUGUAUACACGUUUGCUACUGCAUUCACACAUGCAUCAUAUCCACACACAUACAUAUACAUAUAUGGAGUAUAUUUAGCGUAAUGAUUGCUACAUUUUAAAGUGUACAUUUGAUAGUUUUACGUUUACUAAAUAGACAGCUAAGUGAAUAGUAUGACAAGUUUGGCGUUCAGCUUAAAGUUUGUUGAUAAUUACGUUACUUACACGUACAUACAACACACACACACAUAAACUCACAUGAUUGAAAUAUCUUAAUGAAAGGAGAAAAUAGCAAAAACGUUAAGCAAUUCUGUUAAAAGAGUAAAAAGAAAAAUAAUAUUUAAUAAUGAAGCAACAUUUACAAAAACAAAAAAAUAUGUAAAAAAAUUAUAAUUUACACGACUGACGUUUAUUCAAAAAAAAAAAAAAUACACACACACACAUGUAUAUUAGUUAAUUGUAUUUAGUGUACACUGACUUUGACGCUAUACGAGAAUUUUAUUUUGUUGACGCUAAAUAUUUUUUGUGCCUUUUUCUGUUAUCUAAUUAUGUAAUUUCAUGAGCACCAUAUUUGCGCGCGCACCUUCUUCUACCAUACAAGUUAGCACAGUUAGCAGAAACUAAACUAAGUCACACAGUAAACAGUUCCUAAAAAUCCAACAACAACAACUGUUUCACAUUCCGUGCAGACGUUAUGUGAAACCGUUGUUGAGCAAUUGAAGUUACUUGCACUUGCAAAUUAGUGCAUACGCAAAAUAACAUAAAAACAAUAAUAAGCUAAAGACAAAUUUCAAUUUCAACUUAUUGCAUUGUCAGCAAUUUUAGUACCUAAGUAGAACAGUAAGGAAAAUAAUAAGCCCUGCUCGGGCGCCAAUUAGCACACACCGUCGUCGUGAUUGGAAUGAACUUGCUUCUUUAUUGAAAGUUUUUCUCUUUUAUACCAUUUCUUAUGCUUAGUCAUUACAUACUUAUAAAUUUACGUUUAUACAAACAGACUUAAUUUUGCUGAUAAUAUACUAAAAUAAUUGUGAACAUUAUUUUUGUGUUUUGCUUAUUAUUUUCCUUUCUGUUCUACUUAGGUACUAAAAUUGCUGACAAUGCAAUAAGUUGAAAUUGAAAUUUGGCUUUAGUUUAUUAUUGUUUUUAUGUUAUUUUGCGUAUGCACUAAUUUGCAAGUGCAAGUAACUUUAAUUGCUCAACAAUGAAACCGUUGCACGGAAUGUGAAGCAGUUGUUGUUGUUUGAUUUUUAAGAACUGUUUACUGUGUGACUUAGUUUAGUUUCUGCUAACUGUGCUAACUUACAUACAUACUUACUUACAUAUUAUACAUACAUACAUACAUACAUACAUACUUAUGUUAUUUGCAUACACAUUUUAUACAUUUAUUUCAGCAUAAGCAUUUAUUUUUAAGCUAAAUUUUAAGUUUGAUUCAUAAUUUUUUACUCUAUAAUUUUAAGCUUUAGUUUUUAAAGUGGCACGUGCGAGUUUGUUUAAGUUGCGCUGCAAAAUUAAAAGUGUAUAAACGCAGAAGUUUUGAUAAUCUUGCACAUGGCUAAAUUAUUAGUUUUCAGUUGGAAUAAAAAAAAAUUAAUUUUGAUUUCA